CGCGCCGCGGCCCCGCCUCGUUCCUUUCGGCCAGAGCCGCCAUCUUGCAGUAAUUCGCCAAAAUGACGAACACAAAGGGAAAGAGAAGAGGCACCCGCUAUAUGUUCUCUAGGCCUUUUAGAAAACAUGGCGUUGUUCCUUUGGCCACAUACAUGCGAAUCUACAAGAAGGGUGAUAUUGUAGACAUCAAGGGAACGGGCACUGUUCAAAAAGGAAUGCCCCACAAAUGUUACCAUGGCAAAACUGGGAGAGUCUACAAUGUUACCCAGCAUGCUGUUGGCAUUAUUGUGAACAAACAAGUUAAGGGCAAGAUUCUUGCGAAGAGAAUUAACGUGCGUGUUGAGCACAUUAAGCACUCUAAGAGCCGAGAUAGUUUCUUGAAACGCGUGAAGGAAAAUGAUCAGAAAAAGAAGGAAGCCAAAGAGAAAGGUACCUGGGUUCAACUGAAACGCCAGCCUGCUCCACCCCGAGAGGCACACUUUGUGAGAACCAACGGAAAGGAGCCUGAGCUGCUGGAACCUAUUCCCUAUGAAUUCAUGGCCUAACAGAUGUACAAUAAAGAUGCCUGCAAUGCCAAAAUGCUAGAGGCUUCUGCCAUGGUACUUAGCCCAGGUUCAUCUACCUGCCGCCGCCCGCCCCUCCCCCCCAUUCUGGCUCCUACUUGAUGUUCUGCAUCUGGCUUGCUUAUGCAUAAGGUGUUUCUUGAGUGAUCUAAACCAGUGGUUCUCAGCAUCAUCUGGGAAUUUGUUAAAAAUGAAUAAAUGAUGGAAACCAGCUGUACUGAAUCAGAAAUUCUGGGGUUGAGGCCCAGUGUUCUGUUUUAACAUGCCCUUGGAGUAAUUGAGAUGCUUGCUCAAGUUUGAGAAUCACUGGUUGGAAGCCAUUCCUGUGUGUAGGCAUUUUUUAUACUCAGAUUUCAGUGCUUCGUUUCUCUGAAGGUCCAGUUGUGUAUGUCCAACUCUGGCGUCUCCGUUUAGGUGUACUGCGAGUACUAUACAGAUCAACUUGUAAGCUAAUGUUACUGGAGAGAUGAAUUCAGUUGAAAUCUCUGAGCUUUGAGUAGGCUGGUAAAAUUAUAUGACUGCCCUGAAAUGUAGGCCAUUUUAGUGAGCAACCAUGACAGACUGUGAACUUACAAAUUAAUCCCUCAGUAUACAAUGCUAUUUUUUAUCACACUUAUUGAUGAAAAUGAAUAAAAACAUUCUAAUUCUAAAACAUU